AUGAGGUCGACCGGCAUGCUAGCCACCAUUUCGGUGAUCUUGUCCAACGCUCUAGGCUUCGUCGCCGCACAAGGCUCAAGGCCAGUGUUUGCUCAUUUCAUGGUGGGAAUUGUUGAGAAGUUCACAGUCCAAGAUUGGUUAAAUGAGAUCCAGCAAGCCCAAGCCAUCGGCAUUGAUGGAUUUGCCCUAAACUGUGCUCCUCCUUGGGUCGAUAGCUAUACGCCAAAGCAGCUUGACAAUGCAUACACGGCCGCACAGCAGCUCAACUUCAAAAUGUUCAUUUCCUUUGACUUUGCGUACUGGUCAAACGGCGACACGGGCAACAUCACAAGCUUCGUGGGCAAAUACGCUGCCCAUCCGGCCCAGGCUAUAUUCAACGGAGGCGCACUCGUCAGCACCUUUGUUGGAGAUAGUUUCAACUGGAACCCUGUGAAAAGUGCACUGGGCGGCCAAAAAUUGACAGUGAUUCCCAACAUGCAGGACCCUGCCUCAGCUGGAAGCGUCAGCGCCCAGUUUGGCAUCGACGGGGCAUUCUCGUGGUAUGCUUGGCCAACGGACGGCGGCAACAGCGUCAUUGAAGGGCCCAUGACAACCGUGUGGGAUCAGAGGUACAUACAAGGUCUCGGUGGUCGGCCAUACAUGGCCCCGGUCUCGCCAUGGUUUUCAACCCAUUUCAAUACUAAGAACUGGGUCUUUAUCUGUGAAGAGCAACCAGUACGCCGAUGGCAACAGAUCCUCGACAUGAAACCAUCUCUGGUUGAAAUCAUUACGUGGAAUGACUUUGGUGAAAGCCACUAUAUUUCCGGCUCAGAGCCCAACCACAGCGAUGACGGGUCCUCCCAAUGGGCCAAUGGCUUCCCCCACGAUGGCUGGCGUGAUAUAUACAGGCCGUACAUUGCUGCCUACAAGGCCGGCGCGUCUUCUCCUACGGUGAAUACGGAUGAAAUUGUUUACUGGUAUCGCCCGGUUCCUCAUGCUGCCCGAUGCACCAACGAUCCGUUGGGCAUCCCUCGAGGUGCUGAGUUGAUGGACGAUCUGGUCUUCGUGAGCACGUUGCUCACGCAGCCUGCACAGCUGACCGUCACAAGUGGAAACGUGGCUCCCGUUACCGUAAACGCUGACGCCGGGGUUCACGUUUUCAACUUUACCAUGGGCGUUGGCAAGCAAUCCUUCUCCGUCUCCCGCGGCGGCAGGCAGAUUCUAGGCGGCCAAAGCGCAAAGGACAUCGUCAGCUCGUGCCAGACGUACAACUUUAACGCAUAUGUGGGCAAGUUCUAG